UUAUUAGCUCCUCCUUGAGAAAGAAUGGCUAAAAGAGAUAGGUGGAGUUCAGAGAAGCUUCCUAUCAAAACAAAAAAGCAAAAAAUAAGCAAGGAAGCUCCUCUACCUGUUGACAGUUUUUCUCCAGAACCGAACCUUGAUUGCUUACCCGAUACCCUCACUCUUUACAUUAUGGGCAAACUCGAUAUCGUAUCACUCGUACGACUUGCUAGAACUUGCAAACGUUUUUAUCACUUGCAUCGAGAGGAAUGUCUUUGGACAAACGUUGACAUGACGACCCUACCUCAGAUUGACGUGAGAAAAAUGAAGAAAAUAAUAGAAAAUUACGUAUCGCCUAAACUACAGAUAAUUAGCAUUCAGUCAAACUUUCGACUGAAUCGGGCGAAGAAGCCAAAGAUUGACGGCAACGUUUUGGACUUCCUCUUCAAAAGGUGUCCGAGCAUAAAAUAUUUGCGACUGUUGAACUGCGACUUAAGCGAAGUGCUUAAAACCUCAUUGAGCGAAGCAGAGCCUAACAAAGAAUCCUCAAUGGAGCUGCUAAAUUGCAGUUCGUUGGAGAGGGUCUCGUUACUGAAUUGCAAUACACCACUUUUGUGGCUUUCAGGUGCCAGUUGGCCAAUUUUAAGACACCUUUCACUAGCCCACUCUGUAAUGACGUCUCACCUUGACGUCCAAAGCAUAUUUGAGACAAAAGAUUGGCAAGGGACACUAAAGAGCCUAGACCUAACAGGAUGCUAUAGGAUUAAAUCAUUUGGUGACAUUAAAGUGGAUUUAUCGAUUGAGAUACUCAAUUUGUCCGAAACAAACAUCACCGAUAGUUUAUUUGAGUCUUUGCCAAGGUUUCCUUGCUUGAGGGAACUUUAUUUAAGGAAAUGUUCUGGAAUAACAAAUAGUGGUAUUUUAAAGAUCCCCCUCCUUAGUCUUGACCUUCAAAUUGUUGAUUUUACUGGAAAUGAUAAACUUUCUCUAUUAACUGUUGAACAGUUGCGUAAUGAUAUGCCAGACACAGAAUUUAAGUAUUAAAUUUUUAAAAUUAUUUUAUAAUAAAUACUAUAUUAUUGGCUAUAAUGAGACAAAAGUUAACCAAUAAAGAGCAAAUUGUAUAGCGUCAUUAGUCAAGCAAACUAACUGAUGUGUGUUUAAUAUUUUUAAUUUAGUUAGUAGUCCACAAGCAUGAUGAUCAGCAUUCCAACGUGAUAUGUAAUAGUUUGAUGCAUGACUAGCUCUUCCUCUCUAGUCUUGCUGUACUAUAUACUGAUCUCUUUAAUUAUAAAAACUCUGGAGUAUGUAAUUCUAUCUACAUCACAACUCAUGAAAUCACACUUACUCUCACUUAUCAUCAACUAUUAGAAAAAAUUUAGAGCUACAACAAAUUUUAGCAAAAUAUUAAAGUCAAUGUAUUAGCAAGCAUACACAUAACUACAUGCCACAGUGUCACAUCCAUAGCUUUUUAAAUA